UUUUGCUUUAGUUUACCUAGGUUUCUUACCUGGAGGUAUAGGUGGUCUACUGCUUCUAGAUACGGGAGCUCAUGAAACGAAGGCUAUUUUUAUUUUGUGCAAUACAUUUGAACCAUUUGGCGCGAUACCCAACUCUACGUGGAGACUGUAAAUCAAAUCAUGAAAGGAAAGUCAAGGAAGCGCAGUUCAAAGGUCAUUAUUGAGAAACAGAAACCAAAAGUUCCCAAGACAGUUUCUGAAGAAGAAAGUCCAGUGUUUGAUUAUCCAAUUUCCGAUGAAAUCCAAAAGCGUAUUUCAAUGAUUGGUCAAGGAUUCCACCUCAAAUGCUCUCCAGACUUUCCAUUGUUUUACGAGUUUUGUAAAACUCUCCGUGCCGACGCCCCACUUGAGGCACUAUUAGAUGUCGGAUUUCGUCUGGUUGGUCCAUUUGAAAUACUUCAUUUAGGAUCCAAGGAGCCAGUCAAAAAAGGUCAAUGGUCAAAUUAUUACCGUUUUUAUCACGAUCCUCCGGAGUUUGUGACAGUGAUUGUCUGCACUAGUGAACAAUACCAUAUAGGUUACUUCCGGGAUUCAUGCGAAUCUAAACCGUUCCUUGCCAAAUCAACUCAUAUGUUCAAUGGAGUCCUAGAGUAUUGUGGUCAGAAUUUGUUUGCUUGUCUAAGGUCUACUCUGCAAAAAAAUAAAUGCACUCAACAUUCUGACUUGUUGAGAAGUCUUAUUGAGUUUGCAUCUCUUAAAAAUAUUCCAACAGAUUUAUCAUCGUCUUAUAUGAAGGAUAGAAAGAAACGUCAAGUGUGUUCCACAACAAACCAUAUAGGUUUAAUGAUCGAUGUGACUAAGAAUGGGAUUGGAUACCGUCCUUUAAAUGUUUCUUACACUGAACUGAACAACAGACUGGAAGAUAUUGUCAAUGAGAAGUCAAAAGAAAGACAGUUAAUUAAAUUUGCUCCAGUCGAUGAGUUGAUUACCUGUGUUCAGUUCGCCAACGAUGAAGGAGAUUUCGGUCAAGGUUUAGAAUUGGGCUUAUCAAUCUUAGCAUUUCAUCCGAAAGGUAAUAAAAAGUAUUAUGAAAAAAUUGUCAAAUUGAUUGUUUAAGCGAUUGUGUAGAAUAAAGCAACGCUGUCAGUAUAACUGUAGCCGACUCAUGAGUCAAGAGGAUAAAAUUAAACUAUUUAUUAUUAUACUACAGUCAACUCAUGUUCAUAGUAUUUGAAUGAAAGUUAAUAGAAACUAGUGUUCGAGGUUUUUUUGGGAUUAGAGUAUGGAGUUAGUUUGAAACUUCCAGAAUCUUGAUUACGAUAGUUCAUCAAAUGUUGGUUUCUUCUUCAAACAAGAUUUGGUUGAAAUAUGGGUUUAAUGAGUUGUGGCAACGUUAGUAAAAUAACUGCAAGUUCUUUCUAAAUGUUAUUAAAUGAGACAAAUCAUCAGAUAUCUAAAGUCUACCUAAAAUCAUUACUAGUAUAACGUCAAAAUCCUAGACUUAAAAGGAUACAUAUCAGUACAUAAAGUGAAAAAAACUGACGAUCAUCUGGAAUAUUGAUCACCAUCUUCACAUUUAUGAACUGUCUUCAGGAGGAUCUAUUACAUUUUCACUAACUUCAAUAAUGUUAUGUUCUUACUAAUUGUAGUACGUUUUUCACACUAAUAAUUUUUUUAAAUUUUAGCUCGACCGCUAGAGACAGCAAACAUAUUUAACAAUAAAAUUAAACAUUUAUUGUCUGUUGGUUAUACUUUAGCCAAUAGAAAGGAAUUCAGUCAAGUAAUUCAGUCUCAUAUGGAUGGUAGACGUAUUGAACCACUAACUUUCACAUGAAUUACCUUUGCUGCAUUUAUCUGUUUGGAUCUCACAAAGGUGCCACCUUACAAAAGCAUUUAUUUUGAUACUAAUUGUGAAAAUUUCAGAGUCUGUUAGUUUUAUUAUUGUCAAUAUUUUUAAAUUAAGACUUUUAACCGAUUGUUUUUACUAAGUGUUAUUUUUUGUCCCAUGGGAUUAGGUGUUUUUAAAUGAUGACUUGAAGUCAUUUGCUGAAUAUUAUGUAAUAUAUGUGGAAUUCAGUUAGCUUCUUUUGCUUUCCUAAUCGUUAGCAACUUUUGAUAAAUUCGAACAACCCAACGCUUAAAUAAGUUUCUGAACCGCUAGUAAUGAUAAGUAAUGACGUCACUUUGUGAGGAGUAACUUUCAGUAGAUUUGGAGGAAUUCUUGCUGGGGAAUCAGCGUCCCUUAAGUACAAGAUGGAGCUUUUAAACUUUUAUCUUGUACAUGACUGAUUCAAAGAUCGAACUUCUAACGUUAUAUACCGAGUAUAUGCCCCUCUAUCUGUCACCGUGCUGUACUUAUUAUGCAAGAGUUAAUCCUACUAAAAUAUAACUUGGAUUCACAAAUAAUGUUUAAAAGUAGGUAUCAGUGUCAAGGUUGGACUUAAUAGUUUUAGAUCAAUUGAGCGUUGAUGAAAAAGUUAAUAAUAAAUUAAUUUUUUUGUGAUAUCCGAAUUAUUAGAAAAUUGUAUUUCUGACGUUUCUUCUUCAGAGUACAAUUGUACUGUUUAAACUUAUUAGUUUUAUUUCGAUCACUUACUCUGAAGAAGUGGCUUAUAUUAGGUCACAAAACGCCAGAAGUACAAUUUUCUACUCAUUGGCUUAUUACAAAAAAUAUUUAUUUAUUAUUAACGUUUGAAAGUGUAGUCCAUUGUUUGUUAUCAACACAGGUAUUCACUUCAGUAGAGUAGUAGUUUUUUUUCUAGUAUUGUUGAUGUGUUGCGGAUGUAAACAGAAAGACACUUGUGAGACUGAAAGGAACAUCAGUAACCCGUUAACAGUUUUUUUAGUGCUUACUUUGAUAUUCCAAUGGGCGGAAUUUUUCGAUGGGCAGUUCAACUGGCCUGUUGCUCCGGCAACAUCGACGAGUUUGUCCUGCCCCUCCCCCCCAUGACCGGUGACGACUGAUCCA